CGUGUGCAGCGGUGGAUUUGCAGGCCAAACGUUUACCGAGCGAUUCCCCUGCCAGUCCUAUUUACCCUCCUUGAGCUCUGGGUGUGGCUCUCCUCCCAUCUGUUCUGGGUGGCUUCCUUCGCCUCGCGGCUCACGGAUGUCAGGGUGUUGUCAGAGCCGGCGGCUGGAGGCGCCAUCUGCGUCCAAUUACCCCCUGACAAUCAGCAGGACGACGAUAAACUCGCCACAGCGGGUUACAGAGGAGCCAGAGAGGAGAAAAUAAUAAUAAAGAGAAAGAAGUACAAGCGUGAACUUGGAUCUGGUUUUAACUGCGGCCGAGCUGAGUCGCUCCAGCCAAGAAAGUCAUGGAGCCGGGGCUUGGAAACCUUCACUUUUCCAUGACUUUGCGGAUUUCUCGUCUGAGUCACUAACAGCUGCUUCCAGUUUUAGGAAAAGCGGCUCUCUCUGGUAAGACAUAAAGGAGAAGCUGAAGUUGGAAGGAGCAGUCGGUUUAUUAUCAACGAGCUGGAGCAGAAACAGGUCGGAUUUUCUGACGCGAUAAGACUCGACUGACUCAGACUUUUCUUGCAUUUGUUUGCCGAUGAUGAUCUGGUGUUGCAUGCCUUAAACCCCAGUCACUGGCUGUGUUUGAGAGCAAAAAAUGGAGCAGCCAAAAGCCAUCCUGAAGUUUUUCAGGACCAUCUCAGAGGAGCGAAACGAGGACGCGAAGCAGGAAGAGCUAAAUGUUGAUCUCAGGAAAAAUGUGGAAAUGAGCUUUAAAGAGUCCUUGUCGUUUGUUAUAUGGCCUCGCGAAGGUGAAAAGACUGAGUCUCGCUCAGCGGGACAUUUAAGUUUGAGAGAGGACGAGGAGAAGGAGGAGGUGGAGGAGAGGAAUCAUUUUAACCUAACAGAGCUGCAAAGCGUGGCUGCAAACACUGAAAAUGUCUCAGAGGAACUGACCUCUGCAACAAAUCAAGACCAGAAUAAGAUUGCGGAUGAGCGUAAAGUUAACGGCUGCAGUACGGAGGGUCGCACAUCUCAGGACGAAGCUCUGCAGACAGAACGUCAACACGUUUCAGUCGAGUGCACGAAUGGCGACUGUGACUGCGUCGCACCAAUCGUUGUGAAGCAGGAUGAUGCUAAGGAGAGCAACCGAGAUGUAGAAAACAUCAACCAAGACGCUCACGUCCAGGAAGACUUUGUCCCUGAGCACCAGACUGAAGAGACGUUGGAGGAAAAUGAAGAAAGAAAGGCGACUGUGGAGAAAGAUGACGACGAGUGGAAAGGAGAUGAAUUUCCAGACUCUCCCAUUAGACCCAACCAUCUUCUAAUCCCACAUGAUGAUAUUACCCCAACCUCCCAAUCCCCCCCGUCUGUGGUCACCUUAACCAGAGCCACCUUCUCUCCGGUCUCCCCCACCGACAAGCUCCCGGCCCUCUUCAGCGGCCUCAGGGUCCUGAGGAAGGGGGUCGUCGGCCCCGAGCACGACACCGUGGCCCAGAUCAGGACCACUGUCGCAGACAAGCAGGGCGACGCCAAGAUCCAGGGGAACUUCCUGGACCAGAUCUCCCUGUUUCUGAGUCGGGACAAGAGGGGAGAGGAGAAAGAGGCGAAGAAAGAGUCGGAGGCUGAGGGGGACCUGGAUGAAAGCAAGGCGCGUGGAAAUGAAGAGAGCCAAGAGGGCGACAGGAAGGAGCUCGAACCGGAGGAAGACGGCUCGGAGUCGUCCGAGGCCGCCAGGUCCCCCGUGUCCAGCGCGGAGGCGGCCUUCGACGCCUUCAAGGCCUUUUUCACCCCGAAGCCUCUGAAGAAGGACCCAUCCGAGAAGAUCGACCUGGACGCGGUCAGGAAGAAGAUGAGGGGCGAUAAAGACGUGUUCAGGUCGCUUUUUGAGAGAAGCUCCAGUAAGACGCCAGAGAGGAAAGACUCAUCCGAUGGAAAACCAGAGGCCUGGACUCCAGGAGAAGCAGAGGAACGAACCCCCGGUCGUCUACAAGCCGUGUGGCCGCCUCUUAAGGAGGAAAAGGUCGGGCUGAAGUACACAGAAGCAGAACAUCAGGCUGCUCUGCUGCAGCUGAAGAGAGAAUGCAAAGAGGAGCUGGAGAAGUUACAGGAGGACUACGGGCGGGAGAUCUCCAGACUGAGGGUGGAGAGCGAGGACAACGUGGCCCGUCUGGAGCACGCCGUGGCCGAGCUUCAGGCCACGCUCUGCCAGGUCGGGACCCAGCAUCGAGGGGAGCUCAGAGACGCCGCCGUGUCCACGGCCGACGACUUUCUGCACAAAUCGUUCCGCACCGUCUGCAUCCAGACGGACCGAGAGACUUUCAUCAAACCUGUGGAGGACGGAGAAGGCGAGGGGAGGACCUGCCCGAGCCCUCAGCAGCAGAAGGUGGCGCCCAAAAAGCUGGACCUGGCUUCCAUCAGCCUCAGCUUUUCAGGUCAGAGGGAAGUUUCAACGACGUCGUCUCCAACUCUUCCUCCUCUGUCUGAACAACAACCUGCACCUUCUCCAGCCACACCAGACGCCAUUUCUCCUCCUCCUCCUCCUCCUCCACCGCCACCUCCUCCUCCUCCUCCUGUUACAGACUUCCAGCAGACUUCCAAUGGACUCCCUCCACCGCCUCUACCACCACCUCCGCCUCCUCCGUCCACGCCAGGCUCAGGACUGCCUCCACCUCCUCCUCCUCCUCCUCCUCCUCCUCCUCCUCCAUCCACGCCAGGCUCAGGACUGCCUCCACCUCCUCCUCCGCCUGCUCCAGUUGGAGGUUUCAUAAUUGAGAAACCUCCCAGGAAACCGGUGGUGGAGCCCUCCCGACCCAUGAAGCCUCUUUACUGGACCAGGAUCCAGGUCCAGGACAACAACAACAAGACUCUGUGGAACGUCUUAGAGGAGCCGAACCUCGUGAACACCAAAGAAUUUGAGGACCUCUUCGCCAAAGUCAUCACCCACACAAAGAGGAAGCCGCUGUCAGAGACGUACGAGAAGAAAGCCAAAGCCAGGAAGCUCAUUAAGCUGCUGGAUGGGAAGCGCUCUCAGGCUGUGGGCAUCCUCAUAUCGAGCCUCCACCUGGAGAUGAAAGACAUUCAGCAAGCCGUGCUGACGGUGGAUCACUCUGUGGUGGACCUGGAGACCAUUGAAGCUCUGUUUGAAAAUAGAGCUCAGCCAGAGGAGCUGGAGAGGAUCAAGAAACACUACGAAACGUCUGAGGAGGAGGACGUUAAACUGCUGGACAAACCUGAGCAGUUCCUGUACGAGCUCUCCCAGAUCCCAGACUUCGCCGGCCGGGCUCGCUGCAUCAUCUUCCAGGCAGCCUUCGUGGACGGGAUCGCCUCCAUUCAACGCAAGCUCAGCAAUGUCUCGUCCGUCUGUAAGGCUCUGCUGGAGAGCGACGGCGUCAGGGAGGUCAUGGCGCUGGUGUUGGCUCUGGGGAACCACAUGAACGGAGGCAACAGGACCAGAGGACAGGCCGACGGCUUCGGACUGGAAAUCCUCCCCAAACUCAAGGACGUUAAGAGCAGGGAUAAUCGUAUCAACCUGGUGGACUACGUGGUGUCGUACUACCUGCACAAUGUGGACAAGAACGCCGGCACAGACAAGAGCAUGUUCCCUCUUCCUGAACCUCAGGACGUCUUCCUGGCGUCGCAGGUCAAGUUCGACGACCUCAACAGAGACCUGAGGCAGCUCGGACGAGACCUGACAAGAUGCGAGAAAGACGUUCAGCAAGUUUGCUCUGACUCGCCUGAAGAGCACCUGCAGCCGUUCAAGGACAGGAUGGAGGCUUUCGUUGUCAGCGCACGAAAAGACCACUCAGAAGCUUCCUAUCAGCUGAUGACUGCACAAGAAAGUUUUCAGGACUUGGUUCUGUACUUUGGACUCAAGCCCAAGAUGGGAGAUAAGGAGGUGACGACGGUUCACUUCUUCAUGCUCUGGUUCGAGUUUUGCGCCGACUUCAAGGCCAGGUGGAAGCGAGAGAACAAGAGCAUCUCUAAAGAGAGGUUAAAAGAGGCUCAGCAGUCAGUGAAGAGGAUCACGGCCGAGAAGAAGGUGGAGACGAGGAAGAUCAACCCCAACAGCCUGAAAGAGCGACUGCGCCAGAAAGAAGCCGGCGUGUCUCCGAGUUAAAAGCAAAUUCUGGAUCGGCGAAGCCAAACAGUCGUCCUCAAGAAGCUGCGUCAUCGUCACAUUUACAGUCGGUUUCACUCAGCUGACAGCUUCAUGUAAUCUAUUUAUACAUUUAUACAGUUUAAACAGUAACCUAGCCCCAACUGUUUGUAGAUAGAGGUCACAUUUUGCAUUGGUUCUGUAAACGUCUGUAAUCUUUUUUCCAAUAAAUAAAAUCACUGGGCAGAUCAGAGAACUGUGA